UCGGCGUCACGUGACGGGCGGCAUGGUGGCGUUCCUCUCUCAGGCUGGGAAACCUGGCCAGGCGGAACCGGAAGCGAGGCGGCAGUGUUGGAUGUGGAGCGUGAGUGGGAAGAGAGCAGAGAGAGAGAGUGGUCCUGAGAAGAUUUUCUCUCAGAUUUCCAAGAGAGCCAGGGUGGUGUAGAAAUGUGAGUCUUGGACUAAGACUCUGGGACACCACGGUUCAAAUCCCUACCCAGCAAAGGAAACCCACUGGGUAACCUUAGGUACGUUGGGAGUUGAUCUCAGGAGAUGCGCAUGAUGAUUUGAAGCACCAUGCUGAUUGCUGCCUAUGUCGCUUUUGCUUUCCUCCUGGUGAUAUGCAUCAGCUUAGAGUUUUCUGCCUGCCGCUCCAAGCUCACUGGCAGGUCUUGCUCCAACCCAGCCUUCUUGCGGUUCCAGCUAGACUAUUACCAGGUCUACUUCUUGGCUCUUGCAGCUGAUUGGUUACAAGGACCAUAUCUUUACAAACUCUACCAGCACUAUCACUUCUUGGAAGCCCAGAUUGCCAUCAUCUAUGUCUGUGGCUUUGCCUCAAGUGUGCUGUUUGGGCUAGUCUCCACUUCCUUGGUGGACCGCUUGGGCCGUAAGAAAUCUUGCAUCCUCUUCUCUUUGACCUACUCCAUCUGUUGCCUCACUAAACUCUCCUGGGAUUAUUUUGUGCUCAUUGUAGGAAGGAUAUUAGGUGGCCUCUCCACUGCCCUUUUGUUCUCUGCCUUUGAGGCAUGGUACAUGCAUGAGCAUGUGGAGCACCAUGACUUCCCAGCCGAGUGGAUCCCAGCCACCUUUUCCAAGGCAGCUUUCUGGAACAGCAUCAUCGCUAUUGGAGCUGGAGUGGUAGCCAAUGUCUUUGCCGAAUGGCUAGGCUUGGGCCCUGUGGCCCCCUUCAUGGUCUCCAUUCCCUUCCUCAUGCUGGCUGGUGUUCUGGCUAUGAAGAACUGGGAUGAAAAUUAUGGCAAGAAGAGGGCCCUGUCGAGGACUUGUACAGAUGGCUUGAAGUGCCUCCUCUCUGACCGCCGUGUUCUACUCCUGGGUACCAUCCAGGCCUUGUUUGAAAGUGUCAUCUACAUCUUCAUCUUCCUCUGGACUCCUGUCCUGGAUCCCUACAACCCACCUCUGGGCAUUGUCUUCUCCAGUUUCAUGGCAGCUAGCAUGGUGGGUUCAUCACUCUAUCGUGUUGCAACCUCCAAGAGGUAUCACCUCCAGCCCAUGCACAUCCUUUCCCUUUCAGUCCUGAUGGUUUUCUUCUCCCUCUUUAUGUUGACUUUCUCUACCAACCCUGGGCAAGAGAACCCUUCUGAAUCCUUCUUGGCCUUCCUGCUCAUUGAACUCUCCUGUGGGCUCUACUUCCCUUCGAUGGGUUUCCUUCGGCAGAAGGUGAUCCCUGAGAAGGACCAGGCAGGCGUCAUGCACUGGUUCCGUGUUCCACUGAACCUGCUGGCCUGCCUGGGCCUGCUCAUUCUCCAUGACAGUGACUACAAGACAGGCACCAGGAACAUGUUCACCAUCUGCUCCGUCAUGAUGUUAAUGGCCCUCUUGGCAGUUGUAAGCCUCUUCACUGUGGUCCGUAACAACACAGAGCUCCGGUUGCCCAGUCCAUCAGGUCAGACUGAGAGCCCUUCUCCUGAGCUCUGAUGGGAUGUGUUGGGGAGUGAUGCUCUGGCUCUAUCCAGCUAUCCAUACACAUCAUAGCACUGGAAAUGUAUAUAGGCAAGGACUCUGCAAAGAGAACCCUGCUGAGCCCUGUAUGUCUUUUUGGCACAAGAAUGGGGGUGCAGAAUAAAGACAGCCCACAUCAGUUUGAUUCAGUCUGUGGCAAGCAUAUUUUUCUUUUCUGCAACUUGGAGCUGACUGACUUUUUGAGACAUCUUGACCUCUAAUAGCAGAACUUGGGAAGUAGGAGGCUGCUUUCUACCACUUCAUCCUGGAUAGAUGGUGGCAGGUAAUGGGUUAAAAGGACACAGCCCUCUUUUUAAAAAAAUGAACAGGAAGGUUGUUUAAUUGAUCAUCCACUGUCAGUAUUGAACUACAUCACCUUGUCAGCCAAAUUAUAUGUUGUUGAACCUCCUGCUCUUUUACAAUAAAAAUAUACAUGUAACACUUC